AAAAAACAUUAGCAGCAAUAAAAUCAUAAUAGUAUGGGAAUCCCCUUCAUGUGGUUUGUUAAAAAUGGCAGACAAAUGCGUCAACAAAAUACUUCGCUUUCCUUUUCUCUCGUCCUUGGUAACUUCAGCAAGAAGAAAUGUGUGGAAUCUUUGCUUACUUAAACUAUGGAAUACCUCGUAGUCGAAAACAUAUACUAGACACAUUAGUGAAUGGCUUACAGAGACUUGAAUACAGAGGUUAUGAUUCUGCUGGCUUAGCUGUUGACUCUGAUGACCAAGUUGGAGUUGAUUCUUUACAAAUAAGUAUAAUCAAAAAUAAAGGAAAAGUCAAAUGCCUUAAUGAUAAAAUUUUAGCGCAAAAAGAUAUUGUAUUUGAAAAGGAGUUUAAUGUCCAUUUGGGAAUAUCACACACACGAUGGGCUACUCAUGGAGAACCAAGUGCUUUGAAUGCUCAUCCUCAAAGAUCAGAUGACAAAAAUGAAUUUGUUGUUGUUCACAAUGGUAUCAUAACAAAUUACAAAGACAUUAAACAAUACUUGGCAAAGAAAGGUUAUUUCACCGAAUCAGAAACAGAUACUGAAGUCAUUGCGAAACUACUAAAAUUUCUUUAUGACCGGGAUAUAAAAAGUGAUAACAAAAAUAAACUUACUUUUCAAGAAUUAGUGGAGCAAGUUAUUCGGCAACUGGAAGGUGCUUUUGCACUUGUGUUUAAGAGCUGCCAAUUUCCAAAUCAAUGUGUAGCUACAAGAAGAGGAAGUCCAUUGUUGAUUGGUGUAAAAAGUGACAAGCCUAUAACUGUUGACCAAAUACCCGUACUGUCAAGUCAAAAAUGUCCCACAGAACUUGCAUCAGAUGAAAGAUCAACAAUUGAAUAUUCUUCCACUACUCAAAACUUUUGUGUUGCCGAUGACGAAUCUGGCAUGGAAUAUUUCUUUGCUUCAGAUGCAAGUGCCAUUGUAGAGCAUACAAAGAGAGUUAUAUUUCUUGAAGAUGGUGAUCUUGCAUGGGUUAAAAAUGGAAAUCUUCAAAUUGCACGCAUGAACAACUCGACACCACCUACACGUGAUGUGCAAACAUUGCAGAUUGAAAUUCAAGAACUCAUGAAGGGAAGCUAUAGUACGUUUAUGCAAAAGGAGAUCAUGGAACAACCAGAAAGUGUCUACAAUACGAUGCGUGGAAGAGUUAACUUUGAACAAAAUAAAGUUAUUCUUGGAGGGUUGGUGUCUCACAUGGAUUAUAUCAAGCGGUGUCGUCGGUUAAUCUUCAUAGCAUGUGGAACAAGCUACCACAGUGCUGUUGCGACCAGACAACUUUUGGAAGAACUAACUGAGUUGCCAGUUAUGGUGGAACUUGCCAGUGAUUUCCUAGACAGAAAUACGCCCAUUUUUCGUGAUGAUGUAUGCUUCUUCAUAAGUCAGUCAGGCGAAACAGCUGAUACCCUGAUGGCUCUUCGAUACUGUAAAUCUCGUGGCGCGCUUCUUGUUGGUAUCACUAACACAGUAGGGAGCAGCAUAUCUCGUGAAACCAUGUGUGGUGUUCACAUCAACGCUGGACCAGAGAUCGGUGUGGCCAGUACGAAAGCCUAUACCAGUCAGUUUCUUGCUCUUGUCAUGUUCGGAGUGAUGAUGGCUGAAGAUAGAAUCUCUAAACAAGACCGUGUUCGAGAUAUCAUACAAGCUUUGAAAACGUUCCCAGAAAAAGUAUCUGAGGUCUUAAAGUUAGACGAGGAAAUUCACAAAAUUGCUGAACGCAUUUGUAACCAAAAGAGCUUGCUAAUGAUGGGUCGUGGUUACCAGUUUGCAACCUGUUUAGAAGGCGCGUUGAAAGUUAAAGAAAUAACGUACAUGCAUUCAGAGGGGAUUCUAGCUGGAGAAUUAAAACACGGUCCGCUAGCUUUGGUUGAUAAAGACAUGCCAGUGUUGAUGAUAGCAUUAAGGGAUAAAACUUAUGACAAAUGUAUGAACGCAUUGCAGCAAGUGCUUGCUCGGAAAGGUCGACCUAUCAUCAUUUGUUCGAAAGGGGACGAAGAAACAAAAAAACAUGGCUACGCUAGUUUGGAGAUUCCAACAGUACCAGAUUGUUUAGCUGGUGUUCUUACAGUCAUCCCGCUUCAACUUCUUUCCUUUCACUUAGCUGUUUUAAGAGGAUACGACGUGGACUUCCCGAGGAAUUUAGCAAAGUCUGUAACGGUAGAGUAGUAUUCUACAAAAGACAACAUUAAAAUAAAAAAAAAUAAAAAAAAUUCAACACUAACAAUGAUAAUCAUGUCCAACGAAGUGAUUUUUUUUUAGUUUUUAAUUAUUUGUAUUUUUCGGUGACUGUUUAGUGUAUGUACUCUGAUUUUCAGAAUUAAUUAGGGAACUAAGGAAGGAAGACUGGUACUAGUUUUUUAUCAUUUAUUUCUGGGGAGUAUGGGGACGAGGAUUUUUGGUCUUUGAUGAAGAAGGUUGAUUAAUCAUAUUUCUACUUUAUCUUUACUUUUGUGCUUUUUGCCAUUUUUGUUGUAAUCAUUUUACUGAGAUGUAUAAUAUGUUUGAAUUGAAAAUGGGAAUAAAUAUAUUUUAUAAAAAAAAAAA